AUGAAGAUCAAAUGCUUCAAUUCUCUCUCUUUUGCCUUCCUUUUCUUGUCCUUUUCUCUUUUACUAAAUCUUGCUACUCCUACUUUGUUGUUUCAGGGAUUCAAUUGGGAUUCAUGCAAUAAGCAAGGAAGUUUAUAUAGCUUUUUAAGCAACUCAAUUGAUGAUUUGGCUAGAGCUGGAGUAACUCACGUGUGGCUUCCUCCGCCAAGCCAUUCCGUUUCACCCCAAGGGUAUUUGCCUGGAAGAUUAUACGAUCUCGAUGCAUCGAAAUAUGGUAAUGAGAUGGAAUUAAAGACACUAAACAGCAAUUUCCACCAAAAAGGGAUCAAAUGUGUUGCAGACAUAGUCAUCAAUCACAGAACUGCUGAAAAACAGGAUGGAAGAGGUAUAUACUGCAUGUUCGAAGGAGGAACUCCAGAUGAUCGUUUAGAUUGGGGUCCUUGGGCUAUCUGCAGAGACGACACACAAUACUCUGAUGGUUCCGGUAACCUUGAUACCGGGGAUGGUUACGCUGCUGCCCCUGACAUUGAUCAUCUUAAUCCAAGAGUACAAAAGGAGCUUAUAGAUUGGAUGAAUUGGCUCAAAGCCGAAAUUGGCUUUGAUGGUUGGAGGCUUGAUUUUGUUAAGGGAUAUUCUCCUAGCAUAACAAAGUUGUACAUGGAACGAACACAGCCUGAUUUUGCUGUAGGAGAGUUGUGGGACUCGAUUACUUAUCUUAAUGGUGCACCUGACUAUAACCAGGACGCGCAUAGAAGUGAGUUGGCUCGAUGGGUGGAAGCCUCUGGUGGAGGAGUGGUGACCGCGUUUGAUUUCACCACCAAAGGGAUACUUCAGUACGCGGUACAAGGGCAGUGGUGGAGGAUGAAGGAUCCUUAUGGAAGGCCUAGUGGACUUAUUGGAAUUUCACCGAAAAAUGCUGUUACUUUCUUAGAUAAUCAUGAUACAGGUUCAAGUCAGAAGCUUUGGGCUUUUCCGUCUGAUAAAGUUAUGCAAGGAUAUGCUUACAUUCUCACCCAUCCAGGAAUUCCAUGCAUAUUCUAUGAUCAUUUCUUUGAUUGGGGAUUAAAGGAAGAAAUUAUAGCAUUGACAUCCAUAAGAACAAGGAACGCGAUAUCUGAAACAAGUAACGUCAAUAUACUCGCCUCUGAUCCUGAUCUAUAUGUGGCAAUGGUAGGCGAUAGGAUCAUAGUGAAGAUUGGGUCAAGUAUGGCAACGGGCAAUUUUGUUCCGCCAAAUUACAAAAUUGUGACGCAUGGAAACUGUUACUGUGUAUGGGAGAAACAAGGCUAAGAAUUAAAGUUUUCCGAAGAUGUUACGUUACUUUUUUGUUAAUCGAUCAAAUGUAACACAAUUCAUGAAUUACAAUGAAGCUUAUGGGUUA